UGACAUUUGAUUGCGCUUUUUCCUAGCAGCCAAAUAGUCCCUCGGGCCGAAUCAGUCCAGUGGGGAAAGGAGCCAGGAGAAAUUGGAUCCAAUCUGACAUAUAUGAAAGAGUGAACGAAUAAUCUUGCACCCUUGUGACUCUUUACCCCCCCACUUGGAGAAUUUUUGUCGACCAUAUUGACCCAACCCCGCGACUAGCCUAUUCUUUCUCCCUUAUGGUCUCGGAUAUCAAUUGAUAUCCCCCUUGUCGGUUCAAAGUGGUGUUGUUCCUUUCUCGUCUUCUCGCUGGCGGAUUCCCGCGCAGCUUUGUCCGGUUCGCUUCUUCUUCCUCUUCUACCACCACAGCCACUAUGUCUCCCAAGCUAGACACGCGGAUCGUGUCGGUUCGCCGACUCAACAAGGAAGGUCCUGGUGAGCGGUCACUCGCGCAAUGGUGGGCUGAUGAAUGCAACAACAACACCCCCGAAGCGGCUGCGAUCGAAGAAGCCGCACAGCUUCUGCAGACGAGCGACAUCCCCGUCGCAUUCCCCACGGAGACAGUGUAUGGAUUAGGGGCCGAUGCCACUCGCAGUGACGCCGUGCAGGGGAUCUACAAGGCCAAGCAGAGGCCAUCCGACAACCCGUUAAUCAUCCACGUGGAUUCCCUUGGAAUGCUGGAGCGCAUCCUCAACCCCGUCCAUCACAGUCCCACGCGGAUUACGAGCACCGCUCAGAACAAGCUCCCCGCCAUCUACGACUCGGUCAUCUCCCGCUUCUGGCCCGGUCCUCUCACGAUCCUCGUUCCGAACCCCUCCGGAUCCCCCCUUGCGAACGAAGUCACCUCGAACCUCACUACCUUCGGCGUCCGGAUGCCAUCGUCGCCGCUGGCCCGUUUGUUGAUCCAUGUCGCAGACCGACCACUCGCGGCCCCCUCGGCCAACGCCUCGACGAAACCGUCUCCGACAGCCGCAGAGCACGUACACCAUGAUUUGCAAGGCCGCAUAGAGCUCAUCCUCGACGGGGGUCCCUGUGGAGUCGGAGUCGAAAGCACAGUCAUCGACGGACUCUCGGAUCCCCCGGCGAUCCUCCGUCCCGGGGGCAUCGGCAUCGAGGAGUUGCGACAAUGCCCGGGAUGGGAGAAUGUGCAGGUCGGAUAUCACGACGGCACGCUCGAUGUGAAGGAGGUGCCUCGUGCGCCGGGCAUGAAGUAUCGACACUACUCCCCCAAGGCUCGGGUGGUCCUUUUCGAGCCCGAAUCCACCGACGAGGGCAUCCGAAACCACAUCCGCAAGGACCUGGAGGACUCGGCGGUCGGCGCGCAUAGCAUCGGGGUGGUGCGUACGCGCAAGUGGAAGCAGGGGCUGGGACUCGUCUCGGAGGAGGAGAUCCAGAGCGGCGCGAAACCCGUCGAAAGCUUGAUGAAGAAUCUGGUCUCGUUCCCUGUCCCCGUUGAGGACAAGAUCAAGGCUUGUGUGGUGACGAAACAGACCUUCGACUGCCAUCUCGGUCCGGACAUCAAGUCGAUUGCCCAGGGAUUGUUUUCAGCGCUGCGGGCAAUGGAUGAAGUAGGGGUGGAUGUCAUCUAUGUCGAGGGGGUGCCUGAUCAGCAAGGUGACCUGGCCGCGGCGGUGAUGAACCGGCUGCGGAAAGCCGCAGGAGCCGAGCUUCGGGUCUGAUUUAUGACGAGUGGAGUUAUUUGUUUCUCUUUUCAUACCUCUAGCUUUUGUUUUUU